AUGUUCGCGAAGAGCCUGUCGUCGUCGAAGAAAUGCGAUCUGAGACAUCGAGGGAUCUCCGAUGUCGGUGCCCGUGUGCUUGCGGAGGAGCUGCGCCAUCAGGAUUGCCUGCUCUCGCUGGACCUUCGGGGCAACAGCAUCACCGAGGUCGGCGUCCUGGAUUUGUGCCAUGCCGUGGCCGCACAUCCCGGGCAGCUGACGGAGGUGCUGCUCACGGACAAAUCCCCUGCAUCGCGGCGGCUGGCGGGGCGGCUGGCCGCCACGGCGUUGGCCGCAGCACCUCACGCCGCAGCUCGCGCGGCGGCAGAACGAGGAUUGGGUGACGAAGGCAUGGAGGAGCUUUGCCCACUUCUGCCUAACCUGGGGACACUGACCACCUUGGGAUUACAGCACAAUGCCAUUGGGGCCCGGGGCGCCUGCUCUCUCGCGGAGGCCUUGCCAAAGAUGCAGGCUUUGCGCGAGCUGCUUCUCUACAGCAACGACCUAGGCCCCCAAGGUGCAGAAGCCAUUCUCAAGGCCUUGCCGGCUUCUGUCACCGCGCUCGACUUGGGUAGCAACCGCCUUGGCGAUGAGGGCGGGGUCUUCGCGGCCGAUGCGCUGAUGUCUACGGCGCUGGUGGAACUUCACCUGGACUACAACGACCUGGGGCCGAAAACGGUGGAUGCACUGCUUCACAGCGUGAAGGAGACCCCGACCCUUCGAAGUUUGUGGCUGCAUGGCAACCCAGUGGAGGAG